UCAUCGAUUGCAAGAACGUCUAGUUCAGUUAGACCAUGAUGUCGGUCGGAAUUUAAGUGUUCUUGAUAUGCGUUCCUUGGGACAGCAGACCGCGUGUGCUAGUCGUAUCCAGCCCCUUAAACUAUUUGAUGUGGUACCGAAACGGAACAUAUCUUCGCACAAAUCCGUACAGGAACGCAAGAUGGCAAUUCUCAAGUUACCGCUCGAGAAGAAUAGGGUCAUGCCAACGGAAGUUAGUGUCGCAUCAUCAUCAACAACAACAACAAACACUACAACACAAGCAAUACCAAUCUUAAAUAAAUCAGAUUCGUUUUCCUCGUGUAAAGAUGUUCCUUCGAAGGAUUCGGGAGCAUAUCAGAUUCGUUUAAAAAGUGAUAGUGAACCCUUCAAAGUGUAUUGCGAACAGACGGCUUUCAGUGGUGGAUGGAUCGUGAUCCAGUAUCGGUACGACGGAUCACUGGACUUUUACCGAGGAUGGAAUGAGUUCCGCGAUGGAUUUGGUGAUUUGAACAAAGAGUUUUGGUUGGGUUUGGAGAAAGUUCAUCAGAUAACAACGGCUCGCAAGCAUGAAUUGGUUAUUGAACUGAAGGAUUUUGAUAGAAACUACAUUUAUGCGCAAUAUGAUGCGUUUGAAGUGGGCAGUGAAAGUGAAGGCUACGUCCUGAAGCAUCUUGAUAGUUUUAAUGGGAAUGCAAGUGAUUCGAUGAGCCAUAGCGUAGGUAUGAUGUUUACUACAAAAGAUCGGGAUAAUGAUGACGACAGCAUUCGGCAAUGUGCUCACUAUCAAGGUGGUGCCUGGUGGCACGGGAGUUGUACCAGUGCUAAUUUGAACGGCCCAUAUAUUGAUGCUGUCGAUCAAAAAUCAAUGUUUUGGUGGUAUUACAAACGCAAUGUAAAUGGAUUGAGUUUCUCAAGAAUGAUGAUUCGGGAGCUAGAAUAG